UUUGGAGCUCCCAUGGCCGGUGCUCGGCGCUCUCUCCUGGGGUCAUGGCUGUGUCUGGGGGUAUUGUUGGGUCCCCUGUUGUCGGCUGUGUUGGCCCUGGAGCCGAUCACCACAGCUGUAGCCAUAGCCGCCGUCUCUGCACUGACCGGAUACCUGUCCUAUCCCCGCUUCUACUGCGGCCGUCUAGUGGAGUGCUGUGAGGAGAACGCUUAUAACAGUACAGCUUUCCAGGAAGACUUGGGAAAUAAACUGUUUGGGCAGCACCUGGCCCAUGACGUCAUCUUCCGAGCAAUCACAGGGUUUAUGAACAAUGAAAACCCCAAAAAACCCCUGGCUCUAUCCCUGCAUGGCUGGACCGGCACCGGCAAGAACUUCGUUAGCAAACUCAUCGCAGAGAACAUUCAAGAGAAGGGGAUGAACAGCAAAUACGUCCAUCUUUUCGUGUCAACUAUGCAUUUCCCACACAACAACCUAAUUCAUCUCUACAAGGAUCAAAUACAGUCUUGGAUUCGUGGAAAUGUCUCCAGCUGUCCUCGAUCCAUAUUCAUAUUUGAUGAGAUGGACAAGUUGCAUCAAGGGCUUAUUGACACAAUCAAGCCGUUCCUGGACUAUUAUGAGCAGAUUGACGGCGUGUCGUACCGUAAAGCUAUCUUCAUUUUCCUCAGCAAUGCAGGGGGCGAUGUGAUCAACAAAGUGGUGCUGGAAUCCGGAAAGAGGAGAGAGGAUCUAGAGCUGCAGGAUCUGGAGCCUGUGCUUUCUGUCCAAUUAUUCAACAAUAAAGAUAGUGGCUUUUGGCACAGCAGCCUGAUUGACAAGAACUUGAUUGACUUCUAUGUCCCUUUUCUACCACUGGAGCACAGACAUGUAAAGCAGUGCGUCAUGGCGGAGCUAAGACAUCGGGGAAAAAUGCCCAAUGAAGAGCUGGCAUCCCGUCUGGCCAAUGAGAUGACUUAUUUCCCUAAGAAUACUCGAAUGUUUUUCUGAUAAAGGUUGCAAAACUGUCACAACAAAACUGAACCUUUAUCUCUAG